CGCAGUUCAGAGCGCAGUCCAGAAAGGCAGCUCCGCAGCGCGGGCCCGGGCCGGGGUCGCGCAUCUCCAACCGGUGACUCAGGGCCGCUCGGUCCGGGGGUGGGUGGAGGUAGGCGGGACAGACCAGGGCCGCGCGCGGGCAGCCGCCAGGAGCUCGGUCGCCGAGCCGUUGGAGCCGAGACUGGCUCUGGCCCGUCGCCAUUCCGCCGCGGGCGUCUGCCUCGCCGGGCCUUCCUCCGGCGCCGCUUUGCACCCGCUACGCUCCUCUCUCGGGGCGCAGCGGCCCCGCAGCCGGCCGGGGCUGGAGCGGGGGGCGGGCUCUGCGCGCGAAUGAAUGGGCGCCCGCGGGAGGCGCGCGCCUCGGACUGAAGGGCAUUAGGACCGUGAGGAUCGCUCCGUGCUCCUGUCUCUCCCUAUCCCCCCCCCAACCCCCCACCUCUCUCCUUUUUCUGCUCUGCGGGACUGAGCAGCCCGGCGCGAGCGAAAACAAACAGCUGAGGCUGCGAGUGCCCCCGCCCCGGCUCCAAGAGCACGCCGGCCCGGGCCCCUACUCCGGGCGCCCAGCCGCCCACCAUGAGGAAGAUCCGCGCCAAUGCCAUCGCCAUUCUGACCGUAGCCUGGAUCCUGGGCACUUUCUACUACUUAUGGCAGGACAACCGAGCCCACGCAGCAUCCUCCGGCGGCCGGGGCGCGCAGAGGGCCGGCGGGAGGCCGGAACCGCUCCGGGAGGACCGCACCAUCCCGCUCAUUGUGACAGGAACACCCUCGAAAGGCUUUGAUGAGAAGGCGUACCUGGCAGCCAAGCAGCUGAAGCCUGGAGAGGACCCCUACAGACAGCAUGCCUUCAACCAGCUGGAGAGCGACAAGCUGAGCCCUGACCGGCCCAUCCGGGACACGCGCCAUUACAGUUGCCCAUCCGUGUCCUAUUCGUCGGACUUGCCGGCCACCAGCGUCAUCAUCACCUUCCACAACGAAGCCCGCUCUACCCUCCUGCGCACAGUGAAAAGCGUCCUGAACAGAACUCCUGCCAGCCUGAUCCAGGAGAUCAUUCUAGUGGAUGACUUCAGUUCAGAUCCUGAAGACUGUCUUCUCCUGACCAGGAUCACCAAGGUCAAAUGCCUGCGCAACGACCGGCGGGAAGGGCUGAUCCGGUCCCGAGUUCGCGGGGCAGAUGUAGCCGCAGCUGCUGUCCUCACCUUUCUGGACAGCCACUGCGAAGUGAACACCGAGUGGCUGCAGCCCAUGCUGCAGCGGGUGAAGGAGGAUCACACCCGCGUGGUGAGCCCCAUCAUUGAUGUCAUCAGUCUGGAUAAUUUUGCCUACCUUGCUGCAUCUGCUGACCUUCGGGGAGGAUUUGACUGGAGCCUGCAUUUCAAGUGGGAGCAGAUCCCUCUGGAGCAGAAGAUUGCCCGGACAGACCCCACCAAGCCCAUAAGGACGCCUGUCAUAGCUGGAGGAAUCUUCGUGAUGGACAAGUCUUGGUUUAACCACUUGGGAAAGUAUGAUGCCCAGAUGGACAUCUGGGGGGGAGAGAAUUUUGGAGACACCAAAGGCAAGGGAAGCCAGCUCCUUCCCACCUUCACUCCGUGGGGACUUGCCGAGUGGCUCCUUCCCGUCCUGAUGGCUGCCGUCUCUGCAGAGCUCUCCUUCCGGGUGUGGAUGUGCGGUGGGAGCUUGGAGAUCGUGCCCUGCAGCCGGGUGGGCCACGUCUUCAGGAAACGGCACCCCUACAACUUUCCUGAGGGCAACGCCCUCACCUACAUCAGGAAUACCAAGCGCACUGCAGAGGUGUGGAUGGAUGAAUACAAGCAGUAUUACUACGAGGCCCGGCCCUCGGCCAUAGGGAAGGCCUUCGGCAGCGUGGCCACGCGGAUCGAGCAGAGGAAGAAGAUGAACUGCAAGUCCUUCCGCUGGUACCUGGAUAACGUCUACCCAGAGCUCACCGUCCCCGUGAAGGAAGUGCUCCCCGGCAUCAUUAAGCAGGGGGCUAAUUGCUUAGAAUCCCAGGGCCAGGACACGGCUGGUAACUUCCUGCUCAGCAUGGGGACCUGCAGAGGGUCUGCCAAGAGCCCGCCGGCGGCUCAGGCGUGGCUGUUCAGUGACCAUCUCAUCCAGCAGCAGGGGAAGUGCCUGGCUGCCACUUCCACCUCCAUCUCCCCCGGGUCCCUGGUCGUACUGCAGGCGUGCAACCCAAGAGAAGGCAGGCAGAGAUGGAGGAGAAAAGCCUCUUUCAUCCAGCAUUCAGUCAGCGGCCUCUGCCUGGAGGCCAAGACCACCCAGCUGGUGGCCAGCAAGUGCCAGGCCGACGUCCCAGCCCAGCAGUGGCAGCUGCUGCCGCACACAUGACCGUAGCCUGGGGCCUCCUGUACCUUUUGCAUGAGACUUUGGGACCGGAAGGGGGUUAGGGUGGGGGAGUGUAAAGCGGGCCGUUUCCAUCUCCUCACAUUUCUGCCGGAAUCAUCAGCAAACACCACUGCCACGACACACGAGUCUCCAAAGCCUGUACGGGGAGGACGCAGGGGUGAUCCCCUGCUGCCCUGGCCGCCACCCCGGCCUUGCCUGGGGAGAGGAGCAGGUCAGGAUGCUGGACUGCUACUGGGCAGAGACUGGGCAGGAGCCCUGGUCCUUUGUUACCUCCCUUCACCCUUCCGAGGUCUGGACAGUGGUUGGGGGCCUCCCCUUGUUGGCUGGGGAGAACGAGGGCAGCAGCCCACGCGGGUCCCGCUGGGCCAGGGGUCUGCCUAUGGGAUCGGGCACGAGAGGAGAAUGUGGGCAGUGUGGACGGGGGGGCAGGCUGAAGGCGGAGGAAGGGGCAGCCUGCGGGGCAGGUGGAGAACAGCAAGAGGUGAGCAGCUCAGUGGCCUGUCCCAGGCAGCUGCUGGGUUGGGGGCGGGAGGGAUAGGAUCCAGGGCAAAGGAUGGGUGAUCUGCAGAAAGACGAGGACGGAAGAGCAGCAUAGCACUGAAAAGGCUGGGCCUCUCCCCGGGGACCUAAUUCCUCCCACACGUACCAGCCCCAGGGACAGUGCCUCCGGUCCUGCGCUCUGGUUCCCACGCCUCAGCAAGGGGCUGAAGGGGGAUCUCCAGGGGCAGCCUCAGGACACAGUUUAUUAAACAGAUCCCACUUCUAUGUG